AUGCUGAAAAAAACAGCAUUAAAAUAUAAUUUAUUCUCAGAUACAAUAAUAUUUAAAAAUUUUUUAUGUAAUUUUUUUAUAAUAACAGUAUUAUUAAAUUAUUCUAUAAAUGGUCAAGGAAUAAGUGGAAAUAUUGCUGGAUCAACAGGAAAUGUAAAUCAAAAUAUAAAUGUUAAUCAACAAGCAGGACAAUUAUUUACAGGAACAGGUUCAAAUAUUUAUUAUGGUGUUAAUCUUGUUCCUUUUGGACCAGAAGUUGGUGAUAUGGAAGUUGCACCAGGUUUUUUAACUUCAGGACAAACAAUUGAUCUUCAUAUGUUUUUCCCUUUUUAUGGUGGUCUUUAUAAUUAUACAAUAAUAUCAGUUAAUGGUUAUAUUGCAUUUGCUACUGUUCUUGAUCAAGGUCCAACAAUAAAUGUUGGUCCUGAUACAACUGAUUGGCCUCGUGUUCAAGAUCCUGCUAUGAUAGCGCCAUAUUUAUGUAAACAACAAAUUACACAAGAUGUUAUACCUGGUUUAAAAGCUGGUGUUUUUUUUAGACUUAUAUUACGACAAUCUUUAUUUGGUCAACAAUCAGGUUCAAAUAUAAAUCAACAACAAUCAAUGACAUCAUCAAGUUUUUUUGGUCAAUCACCAUCACAAGCAUGUCCUGGAACACCUGGAAGUUAUGUAAGAUGUGAUGCAAAUGGUGAUUAUUUUUUAGAUGAAAUGCAAAGACAAAUAAUGGAAGGUGUUGCUGGUGGUACUACAUUUAGACCUGAUGGUGCUGUAAUUGUUACUUGGUAUAAUACUGGUUCAGCAAUUUCUGGUAGAUCUGAUCUUGAUAGUGGACAAUUAUCAACAUAUCAAAUUGUAUGGUUAACUGAUUCAGCAGCUCGCUUAUCAUAUGUUAUUAUUAAUUAUGAUAAAUUAGGUUUUGAUGCAGCUGAUUUUAGGCAUAAUUCAAGAUCAGGAAGAUGUAGAGCAUUAUUUAAUGGUGGUAAUCAUACAGGAUUUGUUGAUGUUGAUCCAACACAAGGAUAUAAAAAUUCUCCAACAAUUCUUGCACAAAGAUCUGGUGUUCCACAUAUUGUUAGAGGAAGAUAUAUGUUUCGUGUUGAUGAUGUUGUUAGACCAGCUGGAUGUUCCAAUAAAACUGGUGGAACAUAUCCAAUGCUAAUUUAUCCAAAUAUUAUAAAUAUGUUAGGAGAAAUGACAGUUGAUGUUAAUGCUAUGUGUUUAGAUAAAAAACAAACAUAUGUUUUAAUGAUAGAAAGAAGGCAAACUGCUCCAUGUGUUAUAUUAAAUGCUGCAAUAGCUAGAUGUACUAUUCCUAGAAUUUAUGAUUGGGGAACAAAAACAUUAUAUUUUCAACCACAAACAGGUAAAGCAAAUGAUGAUAAAGCAUUUGUUGGAUAUGCAUAUUUUGUUCCACCAACAUUAGAUCCAAUGAGAUUAGAUAUUGGUAACAUAUAUAGUUGGUUUGAAAAUCCAAUAAAAGAAAUGGUUAAACCAAUAUCAUGGUAUCCAAGAAAUUUUACUAAUCCUGAUAUAAAUCUUUGGACAAGUAAUAGAUUAUUAAGUGAUCAGUCAUUAUAUUCAGCAACAUUAGGUCUUUAUGUUAUUGGAUAUAAAGAAUCAUUAGAUGAACAAUUAAAAAAAUUUAGACCUGUUCAUCGUGUUUUAUGUCGUUUAGAAAGUUAUUCAAAUCAACCACAAUAUGCAUGGGUACCACAAGAAGAAACAAUAAAUAUAAAUCAAGUUGAACAAUGGUAUCUUAAUGAUUGGGAAAGAAAUCAUGAAUUAUAUUCAUAUCGUUUUGGUUAUCUUAAACUUGCACCAAUAUCAAGUAAUGAACAAAUGGGUAUUGAACCACAUUUAUUACCAGGUUUAACAUCAGCACCAAUAUCAUUACAUUGGUUAUGGUCACCAGAAAAUCAAUCAUUUGCUGGAACAACAUUUUCUCAACAACAAACAGAUUAUCGUAAAGAAUUUGUUAUUGAAAAAUCAACACAAAUGUGUCAUGAUUGGUAUGAUGAAGAUGGUGCAUUAUAUAAUUUUGUUAAAGAUACUGAAACAAAUGCAUCUUGUCCAUGUAUUGAAGCACAAGCUAAAAUGGAUAUAGGACGUUUUAUGCCACAUCCAAGAUGUUCACAAGAAUUUCGUGAUAUAACUUGUACUGAAAUGAUUGGUUCAGAAAAUUGUUAUAUGUCAGCACAAAAUGUUUAUGCAUCAUAUAUGGGUAAAGAUGACAAAAAUUAUUAUAAAAGACGUGAUUAUGACGAUAUUAAUUUACAAAAUGAAAAUAAAAGACAUAAUCGUUUUCAGACAAGUUUUGGACAGGUAUGUUGUUAUGAUCAAAAAGGAUUUCUUAUGCAAACACCAUAUCAACCUGUUGUAAGAGUUAUACCAGAUAUUUUUUAUAAUCCUGGUUUUCCUAAUCGUGCAUAUGAAUUUGGUUCUUCACCAUAUUUAGGACAAUUUGAAGUUCCAGGACUUUCUGUAUUUCAUCAUGAUUUAAUGCCAUAUUAUUUAUGUUGUAAAUUUGCAAAAUUUAGAUGUCAAAUGUUUUAUUGGAGAAGACCAUCAUCAGCAUGUCAAGCAUAUCAACCACCAGCUGUUGGUAGAGGUGUUGGUGCUGGAACAUGGGAUACAAUUGAUAAUCAAAAAUUUAUUUUUAAUGAACCUGGUGUAUAUAAUUUAUUAUAUAUACCAUCAACAGAAACAAAUCCUGAAGUAAGAAUACAAGUUAGAUUAGAAAGAUAUCCAAAUAGAAAAGUUGAUUUUUCAUUAUUAGGACAUUAUUUAACACAAGCUGAUUUGGUACAACCAACAAAUGCAACUGUUAUUACAGGUAUUGCUAUGGAAGCAACAGGAACUGAUAGAGUUGUUGUUACAGCUAGAGGUGAUACAAGAAGAUUUAGAUAUAGAACAAAUAUUUUUGUUAAAAAUAUUUUAAGAUAUUUUGAUCAUAUGAAAAUACAACGAUUUGAUGGUGUAUUAGUUUAUGUUAAUAAUGUUAUUAGAGGUAUUCCUGAUGUUUAUGUUGUUUUGGAGGAAGCUGAAAUUGGUAUAAGAAUUAAAGAAUCAUAUGCUUUAGAUAUUGAUAGAUUAUCAAUGUAUCAAGAAUCAAUGGGUAUGUUAGAUAUUGAAGUAUCUGUUCCACCAAGAUAUGGUGUUAAUCCUAUAGGUGAAAAUUUUAUGGAUCAAGCAUAUAGAGAAAUAUAUAAUCUUCCUAGAGUUGCUGGAUUACUUAGACCAUUUCCUGAUCAAACAACAGGAUCAUUUUAUAAUGAUAUAACAUUAACAGAUGUCAAUUCAGAUUCAUUUAGAUCACAAAUAAUAAAUAAUUAUCGUAUUCCUGGUACUGGUGGUCCUGGUUCAAACCAAAAUAUUGCUGGUAUUCUUAAUAGUUAUAUGCCAACAGAUAAUAUGUUUACUAAUAGUAAAGAUGAAGAUUCUAAAUUUGAAGUAUUUCCAGAAGUUGCUAUGAAAAAUUCACCAAUAUUUAAAACAGCACCAAAAUAUGAAACUGGUUAUUAUAGAUUUGUACCAAUGACAGGACAAAAUCUUCAACAAUUAUUACAAAAUUGUAGAGAUAUGACACAAAAUUAUAUUAUUAAUCAACAACCAUUAGCUAGUGCUUUAACAUUAAAUUAUGGCAGAUUAUAUUGUCCUGAUAAUCCUGAAGCUGUUUUAACAGAAUGUGGUGAUUCAGUUCCAUGUCUUUAUGAUUGGGCAUUAUUAAAUUCAAAAAUAUUAGGAAUAGAAUUACAAAAUAGUUGGAAUACUUUUAUUGUUGAUAGACAAUUAAUGACAAAACAAUAUAAUAGUUGUGGUGCAAUUAAUAUUGAAUAUCCAGAAUAUAUGACAAAAACACCAUCAUUUGAUUCAGCCUAUCUUCAAGGUGAUACUGUUAGAUUUGGUUGUGAUCAAGCUCAUUGGAUAAAAGGAGAAAAUGAAUAUAAAUGUUCAAAAAUUGUUGAUUAUAAUGAUCCAACAAGAUAUCGUUAUGAAUGGAAUAAAGGUGAACAACCAUGGUGUAGAUCACGUGAAAAAGAUAAUAUGCUUCAAUGGCUAACAGGAAUAUUUUCUACUGUUGCUAUUAUUAUAGCAAUUGUAUUUGGUUUCUUAAUUUGUUGGUUCGUAAAACAAAAAAGAAUGAAAGAAAUGGAAGAUAAAGAUUAUGCAAUUCGAAGUCGUUCAACUUCACCACCAAGUGGAAGAAAAGGUAAAAAAAAUUAUGCUUAUGAUAACAAUGAUGAUGUUAUGUUGACUCCAAUAUCAAGACCAACAUCACCAUUUGGAAGAAGUGAUAUUAGAUCAAGAACAACAACAAAUCCUUUAAAUACAGAAAUUAGAAAUCGUUCUACCGUUGGUGGUAGUAUUUUGGAUGGACCGCAAAGUAACAUUCAAGGAUUCAAUACAAGUGUAUAA